AUGCGAAGAAUUGGAAGAAGAGUAAGAUUGGGUUUUAUGGUGAAUAAAACCCAAAGAAAAAGCUCUUACGAGAAACAAAAGAAGUCGAUGUUGAAUAUGCUUAAUGAGCUGAGCAUCCUGUGCGGUGUUGAGGCAGGUGCAAUACUGUACAGCCGUUUUGAGGAAGGUCCAGUUGUAUGGCCGAGUGUUGAAGAUAUGGAAGAAAGCAUUGGCAGAUUCCUUGAAAAGAGGUUUGAGAAAUUAGGCACUCAACUUCUGAAUCUAAAGAGAGUGAAUAGAGAGACGGAGAUGGGUUUAGCGAUGUAUCAGAUCUUACAAGGAUAUCAGCUUAAUAAUUCUCUGAGUUUCAUAGAUCUUAAUGACUUAGGUUGGGUUAUAAACACAUAUUUGGCUGAAAUUGAUAACAAGGUUAAGGUUGAAGCAAUUAUCAACAAUUCCUCAAUAAUCCUAGCAUCAUCAGCUUUAGCUCCAACUCAGUGA